AUGGAAUCAAGUGUUGCCUGUGAGCUUUGGAAUGAUGCACCAAAAGACGAUGUGAAGUUCUCAACCUAUGUUGGUGAUGAUGACACAACAACACUAUCGCAUCUCACUGAAAAUGUUCCCUAUGGGGUGGAAAAAUGGUCAGACAUAAUACAUGCAAAAAGAUCACUUGCAACUAGGCUGUAUAAUCUUUCAUCUAGCAGCAAAUUCCAAGACUCCUCUGUUUUAAGUUAAAAAGUAAUUAACUAUUUGACAAAGUGUUUUUCAUACUGUAUUGCACAAAACUCCAAUGCAGCUAAUUUGAAAUUGGCACUAAAAUGCAUUGUGCCUCAUGCUUUUGGCGAGCAUCAACUUUGCAAUGACUCUUGGUGUGGUUACAAGAAAGACCCGUCAACAUACAAACACCACAGUCUUCCAAAUGGUAAAGAUUUACAUGGUGCAAAUCUAAAACAAGCAUUAUCCAGGUUGUUUGAGGAAUAUGCCACUGAUAUUGUAGUGAAAAAGCUGGUACCAUUUGCAAAUUCUCAAAGAAAUGAGUCAUUUAACAAUAUUGUCAGCAGCAAAAAUCCUAAGACACAUUUUUAUGGAGGCAGUGAGAGCAAUGAUUAUAGAGUUGCAUUUGCAGUUGCACAAAAAACAUUGGUUAUUUGUAUUUGUCAAGGACAUUGCAAGCUCUUGGUAUAGAUCCUGGAGAAAAUUGCAUUGCACAUGGCAUAGUGAUGGAUAAAAAACAUGCUAGUGAUAUGGUUAGAAAAUCAAAAAAAGAAUUCAAGGUAAGAAGGCAUCAAUUGCAAACCCAAAGACUGUCUAAGAAUACAAAACGAGAGGCCAAGGAAGGACAAACAUAUCAAACAGGCAUUGGCUUAAAUUUAGAUACUACAGGAAAGAAAGAAAACAAAAAACAAACAAAGGGUACUCUCACUGUUCUGGGAGCCGACUCAUCGAAAAUAACAAUGGAGGAACGUUUAGAAUUUGAAAAACUGGUUCCCAGAUUUAUUCAAAGGCCUACCAAACUAAGUCAGCGUUUUGAUUCAUCUGUGGCAUACAAUUUUAUAUUUUUUGACCUGGAAACCACUGCAACUUGAAGGACUGCUGAGAUUUGCCAGCUAUCAGCAAAAAGUCAAAAUGGGAAUGCAUUAUCAAAGUACAUUCUUCCAGCAAGAGAUAUCAGCCCAGGGGCAUCCAGAGUAAAUGAUUUAACUGUUCAGUAUAUACAUGGUAAAAGAGUUUUAUGCAAAAAUGCUUACCCGGUUAAUUCUGUUUCACCUGGCGAUGCUCUUUCAUCCUUUGUCAAAUUCAUUCGCUGUUGUAUAAACACUGUGGUUGUUCCAAACAGCAAAACAAUACUCCUUGGCCAUAACUCAUCAACAUUCGACAUCCCAACACUUUUCCGUAGCUCUGAUAACUCGUUCAAAGACCAGCUUACUGAAAUGAAUGUCUACUUAGGGGACACACUGCCACUAACACGAUCAUUGAUCAAGAAUAAACAUGCAUCGUUAAAGCAAGAAAAUGGUGAAUUUUGCAAGGCAAAUUUAUGUAGCCUUUACGAGUGUUUGUUCAAAAAAGAAUUCGCUGCCCAUGACGCUUUAGAGGAUGUCACUGCCCAUCGGAAGAUUUUCUUGGGACCAGAAAUUGAUAUCAACACCGAAACAUUGAUCAAUGGGUGUGGGAUUCACACAGUUCGAGAAGCACAAGCUGAUCUUGUUUACAUAGACGACCGCAACGACUUGCUCGAAACGCACAAGGGCAACCUUCCUCCAACACAUGACGAUAAGGAAAGGAAAAGUCCACGAGUAACAACGAAUACAAGAGUACUUCAAAGCAUCCUUGGUUUUUUAAAAACAAAUGCAAGUACCACAAACUAA